CUGCUGAAUCAGCCGAGAGUUCAAGAGAUGAGGAUGAGGAUCCGGAUUCACUUUUUGAAGAGGGAAUAGCAGGCGCAAGGGAAAUGCUUGCUUUAGGAAGAAUCGAAGGUGAAUCCCUUCUUUUUCCGCUUCUUCACCGCGUAGGUCAAGCUUUGCUUCUCGGCUUCAUUGCUGUCACCCGGUCGAUACUAUCGGAGCUUCUUGAUAGUGGGGUAGCUCUGAAACCUAAUCUAAUGAGUGGGGUACCGCUCCUCUACUCGUACUCGCUUGUCGACUCUCUUCCCGAGGAAAUCAGGGCGGUUUCACUCAUUCCUCGAGGCCUCAGAUCAGACCUUCAGGAACCCGAACGAAAAGAAGGACUUGUCCUGUACGCUGCUGAUCUCGUGAUGACUACUCAAUCCAUUGCGUAUUAAAAGAUCAUGGGCUAAAGAAUCCAUGGGGCAAAAUCCAUCUCUUGGAAUCUCUAUUUUCGCUAAACUUGCUUGCUUUCUUGCUACUAUCAUCGUAUUAGAAGACAAACUGGGUUCCAUUGAUAUGCCCGGUUUUUGGGCCUACCACAGAAGGUGGACUGCAAGAUGGUUUUGACUUUGCCAGUUCAUGGCAAAGCCAAAUCAAGCUAAUGUUUGGAA